ACCGAACCUGAAUGGACACCCCUCGACCCUAGUGGUGAGGUAUUUCUUGCACAGAAAGAGUCAAAUUUAUUACAUCAGUUUUCUUUUCUUACUUUCUAAUACAUACAAAGUCAGAGGGAAAAAUGAAACUGCUUUGUCAGAGGGUGCAGGCCAGAUAGCAGGGGAGCAGGCAGAGAAAGGAUGAGUACUCGUGUGGAUUUCUGUUACAACUUACUGCAACAACAAAAAAAACACCCCACCACCCCUUUUCUUUGCCCAAGUACACUCUUCUUCCCCCAUUUCUUUCCUCUAUUCACUCUGCUUUCUCCCUCUCCUCCCCCCUUCUGUUUUUGUUUGCUUUCCCCGUUUUAGAACCAUGGAAGUGACCUUCAUGUCACAGUUGCAUAACACAACAACAAGCACCACCACCAACACCACUGGCUCCAGCUACUGCUGCUGUUGCUGCUGCUGUCAUCAAGACAAGGAUGGCUGCUGCUUCCCCAAUCACAUCUCUCCCAUUCCUUCCUCUUCUUCAGAUACUCAUUAUCAUAUACAUUCUUCUCCCUCUCAAGCUCAACUCACACCACCACAUACCCUUUUGGCCUCUCCUUCUCCAGACAUGGCCAAGUGCAGUAAUAAUGACAGCAAUAACAACAGUGUGGAGAGGCAGAAGAAGAAGAACAAGAGUAUUGAUGAUAGCAGGUGCUUGAAAGUUAGUACUGCUAAAGGGCAUUGGAGGCCUGCAGAGGAUGCUAAACUCAAGGAACUUGUUGCCCUUUAUGGCCCUCAGAACUGGAACCUCAUUGCAGAGAAGAUGGAAGCAAGAUCAGGUAAAAGCUGUAGACUGAGGUGGUUCAACCAGCUGGAUCCAAGGGUGAUCAAGAGAGCCUUCAGUGAAGAAGAGGAAGAGAAACUGAUGGCUGCUCACAGAACUUAUGGCAACAAAUGGGCACUGAUUGCCAGGUUUUUCCCAGGGAGAACUGACAAUGCGGUUAAGAAUCACUGGCAUGUUAUAAUGGCUAGGAAAUACAGAGCACAGUCCUGGAAUAAUGGCAGGUCCAGGAGAGAGAUCAACCAGCCUUCCACUGCUAAUUGUUUUGUUGGAGAAGAAGAAUACACUCCCAGUGGCAGCACCCAGGAAUCAUUAUCACUCCACUGUCCAUCUGGAACUUCCAGUGGAGGAGGAAGCACUAAUGCUGCUUCUCCUGGAGACACCAAUGGCAAAGGAGGAAAAGAAACACUGGGAAAUUGGAAAUCAUCUUCAUGUUCAGUAUUGUUUGUUAGGAGCAGCAAUCCCAAGCUCAACUCUUUUCAACAACAACAACAAUCCCUCAUGGCCUAUGGUGUCUUUUCUGGUCAGGAGGGCCAAUGGAGUCCCAGUCUGAAGAAGAAGCAGAGUAGCAUGGUGAAAGAUGAUGGUACCACCAACACCACCACCUUCACUGCUUUCAGUAGCAAGCAAGCAUCUGGAGUCACAGUCAGUGAAGCAUCAACGUCAUCAUCAUUAUUAUCACUAUCACUAGCAAGGAACCCAGAAACCACAGCAGCAGAAGCAACAACAACAAGGGACCUAUUCAACACCAGCAAACCCUCAGCCCCACCACCACCAUUUAUAGACUUCCUUGGAGUUGGAGCCUGAAGAUACAGCAAGAUAUAAAGUUUCCAAACUAGGUAAAAGGGAGACAUGGGGAAAGAAAGAGACACUCGUGUGGGUAGUGGGUUAGGAUUAUAUAUGAGAUCAGUAUGUUAUCAUGAGUAGGGGAAAAGAUGCAUUUCCCAAGGAGGCAGUGUUUCUAGGUUAGGACUAACUCAAACAGGUUAGCUAGCUAGUAGCCUUUCAAGUUUCAACCUUCGUGUUUGCAACAAACAAUCAAUCAAUCCUCUUUUGCCUUGUCAAUCUACUUCUUUCUGAAUUCUGCAUGUAUUUUCUUUUUUGGGGUAAGUUUACGCAGCCCCGAUAUUAAGCAUAAAAAGGGGUAGAUCUG